UUUUUUAAUUGACUUUACGUCCUUACCCUUGCUGUUCACUAUGUAGCCAACCGUUGAGUUUACUAGGUCGUAAUGAAUGGGAGUAGUGAACAAAUGAGUGACAUGGUACGCAGCCCAGUGAACACGGAAGCAUGAACAGGAUAUCGUCAAACCUGCCAGAUUGUCAGUGCAUGUGGCUCAGUUUAUUUCUCUUUAAAAGAAAUUUUAAAGACUGGCUGUCAUGAAGACAUUUUUCUUGCUGCUCGCGCUGUUUUUGUGUUAUUGCUUCGAAGAGGUGCAGCCAGAAAACAGCACCAAUAAGACCAACGCGCAGCCACAAAAUGGCACCAAUAAGACCAACGCGCAGCCACAAAAUGGCACCAAUAAGACCAACGUGCAGCCACAAAAUGGCACCAAUAAGACCAACGUGCAGCCACAAAAUGGCACCAAUAAGACCAACGUGCAGCCACAAAAUGGCACCAAUAAGACCAACGUGCAGCCAGAAAACGGCACCAAUAAGACCAACGCGCAGCCAGAAAACGGCACCAAUAAGACCAACGCGCAGCCAGAAAGUGUCGACGAUAAGACCAACUCUACAAGCAACCAAGUUAUCAAUAAAACAGUGGAAAUGACUAAGAAUGAGAUCAGCAAUCAAAAUCAUGCUGAGGAACAUAUCCAGAUGGCUGGGGAAGGUUCUGGUACCCGGACGACCAUGAAAGACCAGUCAGAAAAGGGGCAGGAUACAAGGGAUACACCAGCAGGACAACCUCAGAAUGAAAAUUCAGGAGCAAAAUCUGUAUUUGGAUCAUAUGGUGUAGAAGACAAGGCCAAGGCAGAAAGUAGUCAUUUCUUUGCCUACUUUGUUGCAACGGCUGUGUUUGUUGCGGUUCUGUACAUUGCUUAUCACAACAAGCGCAAGAUUAUUGCUUGCUUGUUGGAAGGAAAAAAGUCAAGAUCAGGACGUCGACCUAAAACCACAGAAUACCAAAAGCUUGAACAGCGCAUGUGAUGUGGAAGCAGUGUGCUUCAGCAGCUCCAUCCUCUCCAGGUGAUUUGAAAAAGGCGUGUGGACACCAGACUUCUGCUUUUUGUUGCGGUGUUCUGCAUCAGUUUGACGUUGAUAAAUUAAUUUUGUACCGUUUAGAUGCUUAUUGCAUGACUAUGCAGGUGACCCUGUUGCCUUAUUCAGGGAAUGAGUGAAAACAAUGAAGGCGUAUGAGGCGUGCUGUUUUUGCACUUGUUGCUAAGCCACUUAAGUGAUUGUGUAAUUUGACCUGAUACAGAUCCUCAGGAUAUUUUAGAAGCAGAUGAAAUUAUUAGUUUUGUGGAUUCCAGCCUUGUUUGUAGAUUUGUGAUUGCACUGCGUACUCUAAAGAAGCCAUUUGAAUCUGUGUACAACUUGUUUUAAAUGUCUGUGAGGUGAAGUCUGCGUUGAGAUAUAUAGAUAUCUUUUUUUUUCCCAAUCAAUAUUCGGUUGCUGUUUGUAAUUCUGCUUGUGUUCACAGCUGGAUAUUGUCUUAAUUAAACAAUUAAAUUUUCCUUACCUGCUGUACGACCUGUAACUAAGGUGGGAGGCUUUUUAAUGCAUUGAUGGGAUUAAACCUGAUCACAAUCUAAAUAUUUGAAUUCUGACUGACCCACUGUCAGUAUCUUGGGUACACGUGCAUUAUCUCUUAUUCAUGGUAACCAAUAUCCUGUCCUAACAGCUCUGGGUAGUUAUUUAUAGCUUUAUUGUACCAGUUGUUGUUUUGUAAUCUGUUUUCUUUAACAUAAAAACCUCUUUGGUAAGAUGAAGUUAUAAGAAUACUGAUGUCAUCUUGA